CCACUUCAUUUUAACAUUUCCUCAUUAAAUGUUUAAAUCAUAAACAUUUAAAGAUUUUGAUAUUAGACGUCAUGUACAUGACUUAAAUAUUAUACAGUCCAUACGAUAAUACAUUAAUUUUUGUUGGCCAAAACGAUUCAUGACAACAGCACUGCAGUUAACCGAACGGGAUCAAGACUUUAUUUACUCAUAUCAUAACUACUCCACAGUCUCCACUAGUAAUAGUAUAUGUAACGAUCGCGCUUUCGUUGUUGUUGUCGGACAUAGCCGAUAUUUCGACUAAUGGUGAGUAAAUUUAUUCUCUGGAAGUUUGUCGAUGUGUUGGAGAUGGAUGACUAUGUUCACGCUGCCGAGUUGACAAUUAAAAGUCUCCACCACUGUUAAGACCACGUCAUAGACAGCAACACCAAUUAGAACACUCUUCACUUUUUUAUCACAAUGUUUUUCAGAGUCAGACAUCAGAAAAUGGUACAUGCAUACAUACUUGUAAUUAUAGUAUUAUGCAUGUUAGUUGUAUUGGGCUCAAUGGUAAUCUAUCACAUAUUGUCACAUGAACAGAAUUUUCAAAUUCAAGCAGCUGUAGCUAAGUUUGUAAAUGGCGAUGAUAAUUUCCAGCAUAUUGAUUCAUCUGCUUCACAUUAUCACCAAAAUUCUAUCACGAUUUUAGAGGAACAAAAGCCUCUGGUAAUUUACAAUAGAGUGCCGAAGACCGGAUCCACAAGUUUUGUCAAUGUAGCCUAUGACUUGCAUUCCCAUAAUGCAUUUCGAGUUCUUCAUGUUAAUGUUACGGGCAACUCACAUUUGCUUUCCGUCUACGAUCAGUUUCGUUUUAUUGAAAAUACCACACGUUGGGCAAGGCCUGCAUUUUAUCAUGGCCAUUUUGCGUACAUUGAUUUUGAAAAAUAUGGGUACAAGAAGCCAUAUUAUGUUCAAUUGUUACGCAGACCUUUGGACAGGUUAGUUUCAUACUAUUAUUUCUUACGGUAUGGUGAUGAUUAUAGACCACAUCUAGUGCGUAAGAAGCAUAUGGAUUCAUCAACAACUUUUGAUGAGUGCGUUGAGCGAGGAGGGUCUGAUUGCCAAGCAAAUCUUUUGUGGUUGCAAAUUCCUUUCUUAUGUGGCCAAUCAGCUGACUGCUGGAUUCCGGGAAGUGAGUGGGCAUUACAACAGGCCAAACGUAAUGUUCUUGAAAAAUAUACUUUAGUUGGAAUCACCGAACAAAUGGAAGAAUAUUUACAGAUGCUUGAAUUUUUGAUUCCUGGUGGGAUGUUUCGCAAUGCUUCUGAACAUUUUAAACACAGCUCUAAGUCACAUCUAAGAAAGACUGUCAAGAAACAUCCUGUCUCUCGAAAGACCGUACAAAAAUUUCACGAAUCUACAGUGUGGCAAAUGGAAAAUGAACUGUAUGCAUUUGUUACUAGAGAGUUUGCUUUUGCAUAUGCUAAACAGUUUCCAAAUGUUUCAUCAGGAAAUUCUGGUACUAUGAAAAAGCAUUUUAAAACUAACAAUUUACCUCCACCUAGUUUCCGUUAUGAAAAAAUAUAUCCAAAACCAUCACACCAGAAAAAGAAAAAAACCACUGCCCGUGUAUAAUUUUAUUAUU